AUGGUCGACACUACAGACAACCCACCCCACACUACAUCCUACACACAACAACCAAAUACACAAAAAACCUUUGCUGAAACCACAGCAAACACACAUUUUCCAAAAAGAGAUCAAGCAAUAAUCUUCAAUACAAUUCAAGAUGUUCCACAAAUCGAAUAUAUUAAAGCAUUCAGCCAACUAACACACCCAAAUAAUAUAAAAUUCGCAUCACGCAUUUCAAACAAUAGGUUCUGCAUAUUAUACUUUGCAAGCAAAAAUAUUGUUGAACAAAUCAUUUCAAAACAACCAUAUAUCAUAAUAAACAACACGGAAAUAUCUUAUCGCCGUCUCAUUAACCCAGCCAAACGCAUAAUCAUAUCUAACGUACAACCGGUUAUACCACACGACAUAAUCGCAAAGGCAAUUAACAAUCUCUCAAUUAUCAUGGUGUCGCCGAUUACAUUUAUGAAGGCCGGAUUCUCUAAUGAUGAGUUCGGUCAUAUAGGAAGCUUCAGGCGUCAAAUGUAUAUACACCCUGAGCAUAGUGACAAAAUUCCGGGUUCCAUUCUGUUACAAUUUGACCAAACUGAAUACCGCAUAUUCCUCUCUGACGAUACAGUGACCUGUUAUUCGUGCAAACAAACAGGACACACUUCCAACCACUGCAAAAAUACAAUAGAAAAUAAAGCCGAAUCAGUACACCUCAAUAACACAAACGCCAAUACGGUUAGUAACGACAUGGACCACAAUGAACAGAUAAUACAAGAUACCGUUGGCGACACCAAUGACACAGAUAUAAGCGUCGAAAAUAAUACCAAGGAAACAAAUACCAUCACCCACACCACACAAAAAGCUACCACUCAAGAAAAAAGGCCUGCACCAUCAACCUCGAAUAGUAGCUGUCAUGAGAACACCUCUAUCCCAACACCAAAUAACCCCACACCACCACCAAUAGAAACUACAAAUAUACGGAAAAACACCGGUUCACUCGCAACCAAAUUAAAAGAAUCUGUCAAAACCCCCCAACCUCAGCACAAAAAACCAAGGCGCUCAAAUUCAAUUGAACAAAUAAUACUCAAACUGGAUGAAGCAUUAUUACCAGCAAAAACUGCUUUUGAGAAAAUACCAAACCUAAAAAUUGACUUUAACCAACUAAAACAUAUUAUUGAAAACACACUCACUGGACAAGAUCCCUCCAGUGUUUUAACACCAUUCAAUAUAUCAUCCAUGGAAAUGAUCGAGAUCUUGGAGGCAGUCCGUCCCAAAAUCAAAAGCAUCUGCAUCAAGAACAGACUCUCGAGUCUAGCCAAUUUACUGCUCGAAUUGACCCCCCUUUCCGACUUCAACUAA